UUUAGAAUAAAGGACCCGCGAAGCGUGCCGCUUAUUACUCCAAUACGCAUAAUCGUUAAGAACUGCGGGGGGCUUCCGUGACCUCCCAUCCAUCAGGUGUUCCUGCCUUCAUCAGAAUCGGUUAAUUAUUUCAACAAGAUUCGAUGAAGAUGAACACUUCUAGCAUGGCCACAAACCAGCCCCUUUUCACAGUCGAACAGAUUGAUCUACUCCGUCGUCUCAGGAACAGCGGCAUGACAAAAGAACAGAUCAUACACGGUUUUGAUGGCCUUGAGCGGUUGGAUAGAGAGUUUGGAAUGACAUACAAUGUGCCAGCAUCUUUGCAAUCGCAUAUGAAUGGGACGGACUGCAAUGGUUCAAAUCAUGCGACGAAUGGUUUGAAUUCUAUUGACCUGACAGAUGAGAAGAUUUCACUGUCAACCUCGAUGGCUUCCACCCUAGGUCUUCAGCGGACUCACUCGACUGGGAUGAUGAGUGCUUCCAAUGGCUUAGGAUCCUCGCAUGCAGGUUCGUUCAGUCAACAAGCUGUUUUUCCAACGAACAUGCAGACGACACCCCCGAGGAAACGAAGCUUUGAUCUGGCCUUUGAGAAUGGUGACGGCGCCUCCAAUGGUAGUUUUUGUUAUGACGAGGACACAGAGGAGUUCCAGGUUGAACUACAGAAUUUGAUCAAAAAAGGAGAUGCUCAAAUCUAUGAAGAUGUCAAGGAAUUCGUCACCCAGAAUAGCAUAAAACAACACCAAGUAGCCACAUUCUGUGGUCUAAGCCAAUCCUACGUCAGCCGAUAUUUACGAGGAGAAUACCAAGAUAUCUCAGACAGAAGUAAACGUGCAAUCUAUCGCUGGUUCCUGAUUGUGAAGAAGAAUCCAUCAGCACUAGCCAUGACCACAAACUGCCUUUUUGCGAAUUCCAAGCUCAAGAUGUUACAGACUCAAAACUCCUGCACCGCAGAGCAGGACUAUGCGAAUUCCCAGCGCCGGGAAAGAUUCGUUUUCCGACAAGCUCAUCUUGAGGUCUUGGAGAAGCAUUUCAAAGAGGACAAUUAUCCAUCCUUUGAGAAGAGAGAUGAGAUCGCACGAGAAUGUAACCAGGUGUUUGUUGUGCCAGGUAAAAUCAUGUCUGAGAGAGAAAAGGUGAAUGUUCACACUGUAACAAACUGGUUUGCCAACAAGCGGAAAGAGUUGAAGAAAAUUGCCAGGGAAGAAGGACUGGACAACAUUGUAUCUCAGAUGCGAGGAAGAGGACGCCCUUGUCUGGCCUCGACGAUGCAGAUAAAGACAGAGCCAAAGGAACCGAGCUCCUGCCGCGAGAUGGUGCAGACGCGCCAGAGCAAACUGGCAAUGGAGGAGGAAGACGUCGGAACGUAUGAUGCUGACGAUCAACUGUCAUUGGCUGUCGAGGUUGCCGCCGUCAAUCAAGCAAUUCUGGCUCUGUCUGGACAGCAGCAGCCGGAGGCAAGGAAUCUCAACAUAAAGGAGGAGUCGGACAGUAGCUGAUAUUUCAGAUGGUUCCACCACACGGAGGCAUGGCCACCGCCAGACUUUGAGACAUUUUGGUACUGACAGCAACGGAGAUGUCGGAGUGUAUUAUACAAUGUGCAGGGGUUCAGAAAUGCAGGUUGUCACGUGUCCUUGUAGUGAACCUCUGUGGUGAGGUAUUUAGAGAGAGCUGUCUUGGCCAUCUUGCAUUUAUUCCUGGUCACAUGACAUACAUACAUGUACUAGUUGUCUUUAGGAGGGAAUCUUAUUCAAAUGUCAAACAACUACAUGUACAUGUACUGUGUAGUCCGGAUAUGAGAUAUUAAUUAUGGAUUUUUUAUGUCACAGCAAAUCUGAUUGUGAUUCCAGAUCAUUCGUGUAAAUACUUGAAGUCAUUAAACGGUGCACAUUUUCAUCUAGUCAUUCUACCACUUGGUAGACUUUGUGAUAAAAAAUCUUUAAAUUAGCUUUAAUUAUUGAGCAGAAACCAGUAUAAGCUAAGUCACAUGAAAGCAGACUAUAUGCAAUGGACGCAGGCAUCAAAGUUAUGUCCCUAUUUGGUUCAACAUGCACCCUAAACUUUGUCUUAGCGAUGAAAAAAAACCAAUGUCUUCUUGCACAUGUAGCAGUAGGUGUGUGCAACCUGGUUUGUGGGUCUGUGCUGCCAAAAUACAUGUAGGCUUUCCUGAAAGAGAACUUUGAGUACUGUUUUUUGCACUUGUUAGCAGAUCAGAAGAGAAUUCUCAACUGAUUUUUACAAAUUUCUUACUGCAAUGCCUGUCAAAAAUGAUCCAAAAGAAUGUUUUGAAUGCUGUUCUUUUAAAAAUGGUCACAAACAAAUUAACUUCGAUAAUAAAGAUUUGUUGCAUUCCACAUCAUGUCUCCCAUUCCAGUUAUGUUUCUGACAACUAAGAUUUUCAAAUCGUUUUUACAAAAAUUGAAUUGGUGCUUCCAGAAAAUAAUAUAUUGCUCAAUUACAUGUAUGUUGAAUCUUUUAUUCAUCUAAAAUAAAAAAAAACUGGUGUCAUUUCUAAAAGAUAUGGCUAGACUUACCGGUAUUUGCUUGAAACAGAUUUUUUUUUAUAACUUUAGGCAAGUUGACAGCACUUAUCCUAUAACCUCUGUAAAUGCGGUUGAUUUUGGUAGGAAAUCUUCCAAAGAAUGUGGUGAGGUGUUUUGGUUCGGAAGUUUUAUAUUUUCUCAGGUGGGGGGCAGGGGAGUAGUAAGGUCACAGCCUGUGUAUUUGGUGGGACCGAUCAGUCAAUUGUUAAUACCCAUCACGUGUACACGCUUCUUGAGAAACAAUAAUCUGUAAGUGACAUUCACCUUUUUUUUUAUUCCCAAAAAUUCCUACAUUUCCUUCCGUUUCUCAAGGGACGUAUGGUUUUGCCAGAAUAGUGUAUGUUAUCAAGUAAAUGUUUGUGUUAUUUUUCAUUGUGAUCGUCAUUUUAUAUCGAGUGGUGAGGUGGACAGUGUGAUGUUGUAAAAAGUACAGACGGUUUUAGUUGGUGCUUUUUUUGUCAACGUAGUUACCUCCCCUUGAAGUUUUGAUGACAUCAAAAAUGCGCUAUUCGUUGUAAUUCAAAAUGAUGUUAGUUUUCCUGGUUCAUCUCUUUAUCAUGGUUCUGAAACAAAAAAUUGUUUCAUACAUGAUAUCGUUCAUAACUACAUGUAAUCGCGCUUGUUUCAUUUGCAACUGACUAGCAAUAAUGCCACACACCAGAAUUACAAUUAAUAACCGUAAAGAUGUGUUCCAUAAUUUUUUAUAAAGUUCAUCAAUUCCAACGUUCAUGUACAUUAGCGAGUAUCUGUAUUUAUUCAU